UACGUCUCACCCUUACAAGCGACAUUUCUCAUUAUUUUGUAUGGCACUCCCGUCUUUUGAACGUAGUGUUUAAAUUCUCUUUGUAAAUAGAUAAAUAGAAGACCAUGUGUGUUCUUUCGAAUGUUAUUUUAUAGAUACUUGGAUAAAUAAAUAGAUUCUCCUUUUUUAUCGAGAUAAUAUUAAAAUGGCAAUAUUGUCGAGAUUCCAUAAAAUCGCAAUUAUCAGCCUUGGUGCGGUAGGAGGUGGACUUGCUUACUAUCAUAAUAUUGGCCGAAAUGAAAAUAAAUAUGAUGUUCAAAACUCUUGGACUACCAACUAUUCUCCAAGUGUUAAAUGGGAUAACAAUUGGGAUCACCGUGAACCAGAGUCCAUAGUAAAGCCACUUAAAUCCAUUAAAGCAAAAGAAGAAGAUCAAAACCAUUAUAAUGAGGAAAUAGAGAAGUCUAAAAGUAAAGCAGUUAGACAUUUGUUUUUAAUAAGGCAUGGCCAAUACAAUAUUGAUGGUGUCACAGACCAAGAACGAACUUUGACUGAAUUGGGAAGAAAACAGGCUGAUUUAACGGGAAAGCGACUAGCUGAGCUGAAUAUUAAAUGGGAUUUACUUGUUAAAUCUACUAUGACUAGAGCACAAGAAACAGCUGCAAUCAUAGCAAAACAUUUGCCGAGUGAUAUUAAAGUUAAGGACUGCCAGUUAAUUGAGGAGGGUGCUCCUAUUCCUCCUGAGCCUCCAGUUGGACAUUGGAGACCAGAGCCUAAAUUCUUCCAGGAUAGCGCAAGGAUAGAGGCAGGUUUCCGGAAGUACUUCCACAGGGCACCACCUAAACAGACCGAAGACACAUACACACUAAUAGUAUGCCAUGCUAAUGUCAUACGGUUCUUUGUGUGCAAAGCCCUACAGUUUCCACCCGAAGGUUGGCUAAGAAUUUCCCUGAACCAUGCUUCAAUUACAUGGAUCUCUAUAUUACCUAGUGGCAAUGUUGUUUUACGAACCCUUGGUGAUACUGGACAUAUGGAGCCAAAAUACAUUACAAGCCGCAACCUAACGCGGAGAGGUUAAAAACACAAAUGAAGUUUGCAGUUAUUCGUCUCAAAUAUCAGCCUGAACAAUCUUGGAGCACCUUACACUUAUAUACAAUGGAAUCCUUUUAAAUCGACAGUAAAUUUACAAUCGUUAUGCUCUUUAAAAUAACCCGGCAUGUCUGUAAGAAGAUGGCAGUUGUGCCUCCGCAUAAUCAAAUUGCUUAGAAAAGUAAAGUUGGGAAUAUAUGUCUAUUUUACUUUGCUUUUCUUGUAGUCAUGCUUAAAGUGAUUUUUUAAUAAAUUGGUUAAGGUAGUAUAAGCAGAAAAAAAUGUAAAUUUAUUUUAUAUAUUAAUAAAAUGUUUACAAAUA